CCUCCCGCCCUCCUCUGCCCCAACUUCUCCGCCUCAGCGCCCCGCCGUCAGACAGACACCGAGCCGCUCACCGUCCUGCUCCUGCCGCCGCUGCUGCCGCUGAGCGGAGUCUGCUCCUCCAUCUGAGUCCCGGCCUCUUUUCUUCCACUUGCGUGGGUUGCUCCAAGGACCGGCCUUCGAGUUUUUUUAUUUUAUUUUAUUUAUUUUUACUACGUGGUUGGAGGACAUUAUUAUUUUGUCCACUCUUGCUGUCCUUCAAGUGAAAUGGAGAAAAUGGCCAGACCUCUUCCUUUAAACCCAACUUUCCUGCCGCCGACCCACGGCGUCCUGAAAUCCCUGCUGGAAAACCCGCUCAAGCUGCCGUUUCACCGCGAUGAAGGGUUUGGGAAGGAAGAGAAGAAGGAGAAGAAGCUGGAUGAUGAGAGCAGCGCCGCCAGCCACCCGCAGUCGGCCUUCCUCGGCCCCACCCUGUGGGACAAGACCCUGCCCUACGAUGGCGACAAUUUCCAGCUGGAGUACAUGGACCUGGAGGAGUUCCUGUCUGAAAACGGCAUCCCUGCCAACACGGCGCAGGGCGAGCAGGCCCCGCCGGCGGCGCAGCCUUCUCAGGCCCCGCUGCAGCAGGUGCCCCCGCCGGCGCCGCCCACACCCUCGGUGGUGGACCUCAGCAGCCGCGCCUCCGUGUCGGUCCACGCGGCCCUGCCGCCUCAGACCUGCCGGCACAGCCCCUCCACCGCAGCGCUGCCUUCUGCCAGAGACACCCCCAGUCCCAUCGAUCCCGAGUCCAUCCAGGUCCCGGUGACCUACGAGCCCGACCCGGCAGACCUGGCCCUGUCCAGCGUUCCUGGUCAGGAAAUGUUCGACCCGAGGAAACGCAAGUUCUCUGCGGAGGAGCUGAAGCCACAGCCGAUGAUCAAGAAAGCCAGAAAGGUCUUCAUCCCUGAGGACCUGAAGGACGAUAAGUACUGGGCCCGGCGCAGAAAGAACAACGUGGCGGCCAAGCGCUCGCGGGACGCCAGACGCCUCAAGGAGAACCAGAUCGCCAUCCGGGCCGGCUUCCUGGAGAAGGAGAACGCCGCUCUCCGCGUGGAGGUGGCAGACUUGAGGAAGGAGCUGGGCCGCUGCAAGAACAUUCUGGCUAAAUACGAGGCGCGACACGGGCCCCUGUGAGCCCCCCCACCCUUCCAACAGAUCCCCACUCUGCUCCCAGACCCCCCCCACCCCCCCCAGCCUGAAGGACAAUGUGUCUCUGGUACCCCCGCCCCCCCACCGUAUGAUUCUGGUCUCCCCCCAUCAGCUUCAUCUCUGCUCCUCCUCUGAUUUCUCUGCACUGUUUGACUAAAUAUAAAUAGAUGAAAAUAUAUAAUGAACAUAUAUAAUAUAUAUUUCCACGUGCAUCCUUCCCACUGUGAGGAGUAACGAGCCAACGCCCCCCCCCCCCAACCCCCUCACUUUUCUACCUAAGGUCAGGACUAGAAACCUCCCCCCUCCUCCUGCUUCUAUGGAGUCUAAAGCCCCCCCCCCCCAGCAGUAUUUCCACACGUUGUUUUUUUUUCCACAGCUUAUUUUCGUUUUCUGCAUGCGGUCAGGAAGCAGCCCUGCUUUGAUCUUCUCAUUUGUGUUUUAAUUUAAAUUUUUAUAGUUUUUCUCAUGAGCAAUAAUUCCCACCGUGUCUCCUUCCCUUCCGGUAACUUCUGCACUAACCCGCGUCUCACAAUCGGAUCCGGUUCCCGCUCACUUAAAGAAAAUUCCUCAUAUUUAUCUCCCUUUUUAUUUCUCAGGUGGAAGAUUGUUGUUUUUAUAUCUAUAAAUAAAUAUGAAUAUAUAUAAAUAUAUAUAUUCUGUUGAUAUAAUUGUUAGUAGUAUUACUCCUCGUUUAACCUCCUUACUUUCAGGUUCAAGCAUGAUUUUUUCUUGGUUUCUUUCCUUUUCUGAGUAGCUGUCAGUGAUUCUUUGGAUUCUGUUUGACUUGGCAUGACUAGUCCGAGUGUUCUGUUCUUUUUUUUUUUUUUUGUUGUCGGAGGAAGCGAUGCAGAUGUGCGUCUUUAGUGUCCGUCUAGCUGUGAGUUCGCCUUCUUUUUUAAAGAUGGCUGUUUUUGAAUGUAAAAAGACAUGAAAAGGUUGGAUGGUGUUGUCCAAUACCGUGGUUAACCCAAUCAGCUAAACCAUUAAUGACUCAGACCAUCCUAUAAAUCUAUACGCUGUUCCUGUUUGUACAGUAUUUUUCCAAUAUAAAUAUUGGGAAAAAAAUAUAUAUAUACAUAUGAAUAUAAAGAAACUGGUGAAAUGUGUAUUUUAAAGGCCCAAUAGGUCCAGAGAAUUAUUACAAAUAUGUGUUUAAUAAAAAAUAAAUAAAAAUAUAGAGAAGUAUUUUGAUAUUCUCUCAGAGGGAAUGGGAAGGAAAACAGCAGAAACCAAAAUGUUGUGGGCAUUAUUUUUAUUAUUAUUAGUGAUAUUCUUAUGAUUUUAACACUCCUCCUCAUGUCGGUGCCCCUUUUAGGCCUCAAACACAGGAAAAAAACAAAAAAAGGUCUAAAAUUUAACGACUUCCCCAAACGCUUCACUUCAGUUUUUAAUGUCGACGUUUCAGUGAUGAACACUGGAAGUCUUUUAGCUGUCACGUUAGUCAGGUUUGAAGAAGCCAAGCUCUAAAAACGAUUGGAAACAAACUAAAUUUGGAUACUCUUACUUCAAGUAUGGAAGUCCAGAGGUGCCUAAAUUAUUGGCCUUUUUUUUUUCACAAAUAAGUAAAAAUUAUGUGGAUGAUCAAUGCUUUUGAUUUAAAUCUCAGCCAUAAUGGAAAUUAUCACAAUCUGAUUUAAAAAAAAAAAAAUUUCUUUGUUUUUUUGCAACAUACAGUGUUAGAAAAAUUCCCCUCAAAAUCCUUAAAGUAGCCGAGAGGCGUUUUUUAGCUGUUAAUGUACCAAAGAUUGUAUAAGAAGCACUUUGCUGACACCUACUGGUCAGGCCUAUGCCCAAUUAAUGUCACACAUUUUCACAUUAAAUACAUUUAUUGAUUAUGAUUUAUUUUAAUAAAGCUGCUUUGUUAUCAGAAUCCACAUUAGCUUUUGGUUUUUGGCUGUUUCUAGGGUUCUAAAGAUUUUAUUUUAUUUGCGGGUCUAGUAGAUAAAUUUAUUAGAACCGCAUAAACCUUCUUCUUCCUCUACUUUGAAAAAUAAAGUAUAAAAUGUUUACAUUCCUGUAAAUGUUCUUGAGAAAGAAAGAUUAUUCCCCUACUGAAGACUAGGAGGCGCCGGCCCCUUAAGAAAUUAAACAACAGCAUAAUUUAACCAGCUCCUAUCAGGUUCUAUUUGCUUUCUAAAAUGAAGCAGACAAAGCUUUUAAACACUCUUAAACCUUUUUUUUUCCUUUUUUAAAUUAUUUUUUUUGUAAUUUGGCAUCUCAGGACUUCCGUAUUUGCCCCCUUGUCUCAAUUUCAUCAUUAUCUUUUGUGUUUUCUUCUUUUAAAAGUCACAAAAUGAACCAAAAGCGUCAGAACGUUCUCUCCUGUAACAUACAACUCUCACAUUCCGUUUCCGAGCCGAUCCAGCGGUGUUUUCGAUGCUAAAUAAUCGUUUCGUGAUGCAGUCGUCUUUUGUUCUCUUUAUUUCCGUCGACCUCCAGAGCUUCUGUUUUCAUUACAGCCACACAGGAAACGGCCAAUAAUCAAUCCAUGAUAUCUCAAACCUUACCUCACUUGUGGAGUGAUGUCACUACCUCACCUGGAAACGUAAACCAUAACCGUGAGUCUAUUCCAGUGCCUUUAAUCCGCCGACUGUUCCCCGGUCUCCCGGCAGUGUAGACGUUUGACCCCAGCGCCGCCCUGGUGGCUUCCAAACUGCACCGAAGGGCUUCUCCGUGCUUUCAAACCAAUGUGAACCUCUAUAUUUUGGACAUUGCAGCAGAUUUGUAACCAUUGUAUUCACGGCAACACCAACAGACUGUUUCAGAGUGUAUUUAAAGAAGAGCUUAAAGGGGUAUUACGUUCUGUUUCCUCGUCAGUCUUUAGACUCUGUCUGUAAUUUCUAGUGUCUAAUAAAAAACCCUGUUCUUUU